UAACUUUUUUGUUUCAAAACUGUCCCGGUCUGCUGGCUCCGGAGGACCGGAUUGAUAGUCAAAAGAUGAAAAAUGCAUUGGAGAUCGCUUGAGCGUACAAGCCUUCGAUCAAGAAUGAAAUGAAAGUCGAGGCCGCAUUGCAGUCUCCGCGUUACUUCGGGGUGAAGCUGGACGUAGAUCUGAAGAAGCUAGUCGGCGAGCUCCUUGGGGCUUUUGGCCAGACUCCGCAAGAGCCGACCCAGAAGGCGGGUCACCAAAUGUUUACGGAGCUAGUCAAGAACCGGCGGAUAACGGCGACGCCCCACCUAACUCUGGUGCACCAGAACCAGACGGAGGAAAGCGAGGAGAUGAAGCGGCUAUGGGAUGAGUACCAGGGCCGGGUGUUAGCGCGCAAGGUCGCCUUCGGCCUCCUUCUUGGGCCCAAGCUCAUCUGGAAUAACCGGGUCAUGAUCUUGGAGGCGAGAGUGCGCACGCAAGACUCGGCGACCGAUCCGGCCCCGACGUCGAUCAGAUAUCAUGUGACCAUCGGGACGGCUGAUGAGUCGAUCAGGCCGGUCGAGGGCUUCGACCUUUUGCAUCACUUCUUCCGCUCCGUUCCUCCCGCCUCCCACUCCUCAACUCAACCCGCUCCAUCUUCACAAACCCCUGCAACUCUUGAUGCUGGAAAGGAGGAUGCUGAUCGUGCCGGCGAAGUCUUGUUCCUCGACGUCAAGACUGUGUCGCCAUACACACACGACACGAUAUGA